AUGGUUCAUCUGUACAGCACUGAUCCAAAUAGUCCUUCUUCCAGAGAGGAAGCUUUAUUGAAAAUAGAUACACAAAUACCCAUCACAGAUGUAACAUGGGAUGGAUUCACUGGUAAAAAAGCAUUUUUAAGUAAUGUUCAAGGUGAAGUUAAAGAAAUUGAUUUGGAAAAUGGAAGAGCUACAAAUGUUAUAGGUACUCGUCAUGACUCUGGGAUCCAAGCAUUAACUUAUAUUCCAAAUUCAAAAGGUAUCUUAGUAUCAGGUUCUUGGGAUAAAUCAAUUCAAUAUCUUGAUUGUCGUUCAUCAAAUAAUGGUUCAAAUGGUUCACAAACUGCAUUCUUAACAAAAUUACCUGAAAAAGUACUUGCCUUAGAUGCAACUGAAAAUAAUGUUGUUGUUGCAAUGACAAAUAGACUUGUUCAUAUUUAUGAUAUAAGAAAUCCAACUUCCCCUUCACAAAUUAGAGAAUCUAGUUUAAAAUAUCAAACAAGAUCAAUUAAAUGUAUGCCUAAUGGUAAAGGUUAUGCACAAAGUUCAAUUGAAGGUAGAGUUGCAAUUGAAUAUUUUGAUCCUUCACCUAAAAUUCAAGCUGAAAAAUAUGCAUUCAAAUGUCAUAGAUUACCAUGUUCAGAUGUGGAUUUAGUUUCAUCAGUUAAUUCAUUAAGUUUCCAUAAAAAAUUCGGAACAAUGUUUACUGCAGGUUCUGAUUGUUAUGUAUGUUUAUGGGAUCAAAAAUCGAAAAAAAGAUUAAGACAAUACCCUAAAUUUGAUCAAUCAGUUGUAUGUCUAGAUACAGAUUAUAAAGAUGGUAAUUCAAUAUUAGCUAUAGCUACAAGUGAUGAUUCUUUUAAAACUUCACCAUCAAUAGAAUCACAAAUUCCUAAACCUGGUAAAAGUUCAAUUUUUUUAAAAUAUUUGGGAGAUAAUGAAGGUCAACCAAAGCAAAAACAAUAG